AUGACGUCGCCCCGAGAAGCGGCCGCCGCGGCGCCCACGCGCGCGGAGGCGCACGCUCCGGCAGCCGGCGCAGACACGGCGCGCGCGCUCGCCGCCACCAACGGCACCACCACCAGCAGCAUCAGUAAGACCAGCGGAGCGAGCCGCAGCAGCGCCACGAAGGACGCGGCCGCCGAGUCCGACGCCAUGCGCAGCCGCCAGACGUGCGUGGAGUUCCUGCACAUCAUGAAGGAGUUCUCCGAGAGCUCGUGCGACGCCAACGAGACCGUGCAGCGCGUGGACUCGCUCGUGAGCCAAGACGAGCAACUGCUGCGACUGUUCCCGCUGUCGCGCACGCAGGAGGAGGACGAGGCCGCGCGUCGGCUGCGGAGAGCGCUCGACGAGGAGGACGACGACACCAUCGCGCGGAUAGCGGCCGCGCGCGACAACGAGAAGGAGAUGGACACGCAGGACGAGCUGCAGCGCUGGAUGGAUCUCGACCUCGGCGACCUGGACCACCACCACAUGGACGUCUUCGACUUCCAGAACGCGCACACGCACGCGCAGCCACUCGCACUCAACGAGAUCACGACCGAUGCAGACGCCGCGCAAGUGGUGCCGCCUACCGCCUCGCCGUUCAUGAAGCGCGGCACCAACGGAUUCCUACAACAGAAGACUACCGCCGAACCUGCGAAGACUACAACGGAACGGGGGCAGGGCGCACCCCAAAAGCCGCUAUCGGCCGCUGCGGUCGCUGCGAAGAGCUCGCCACUGAUUAGCAAGAAGUCCGUUACGGCCGCGCUCUUUGACGACGAUGAUGAUGAUUUGGACCUGGUGCUGGGCAGCUCGGCGCUGUCAAGUGGACCGCCACUCAAGCGCGUCAAGCUCUCGCGGCCAGCAAGUGCGCAGUCGCUGCGUGUGUCCGUGCUGCCGGACACCGAAAGCAAGGCUGAAACCGACGACGAGAGCAGAGCGGAUGAGGACGAGGAGGGCAACGUGUGGGGCAUGGAAAACGACGGAUACGAGCACGACUUGCUCUCUUCAAUCGACCACGCGGUGCUGUGCGACCGCGAGAACCGGUUCUUGCAGUGGGAUAUCGAGGCCGCCCAGCAGCAAGAGCAGCGGAGGUUACAGGCGAACGGCCUGGCUCGACAAACUUCUGCCGGCGCUGCUGGCCGAUCCGCUAACGGUGUGACUAUCUCGACGAACCCCGCCAUUAAGGGUCUCACUGCCAUCCAAACCACUCGCUCGCUUCACCAACCCAACGACAAGGUCAUGUCAUCCAGCCCCAUCAGCAGCAAGAGCCCGUCCAACGUGGAUAUCGUCGAGGACUGGAACAGCCUCGACUUUGGUACCUUCCAGAAUCGCACUGUUAGCCACAUCCUGAGCUCGUGCCUGCACAAGCGCAAACUGCAUCACCCGUACAAGAACCAAGUGCAGCUCGUGAACUUCAAUGUCCCGGGCAGCGGCGAUUCUUCUUCCGGGCGUGGCGCUGGACCGCACCCGCACCAGCUCGGCGGAUCCCUAGCGACCAGUCUUGCCUUUGGUGGCCAGCAGCAGGGUGGUCUUGACGGCUCGGACGGCUCGACAAUUAGCGGAUUCGUCCCUCUGCUCGCGACAAGCCAUGAAAACGGAUUGAGUAACAGCAAGUCUCCAGGAAAGGGUGAGAAGAAGACGCCGAAGAAGCGCGAAGAGCGCAAGAGGCUGAUGACGCUGAAGAUGCAGGAGACGUUUGCUGACUUGGAAGGAACUUUCACGGAGCAAGAUCUGGAUGUCAAGGGAAUCGUGGGCCCAGGCGCGUCGCUGUCUAAAAUGGCAUUGUCUAAACUGGAGAACCUACCGCUGCCGGACCUGACGAACCUCCCGCAAGACCUGCGCGAGCUUAAGCGCAAGAUUGAAGCCACUGAGCACAAGGUGGAAGGCACGAAGCACCGUCACCGCAAGGGCGGCCCGUGCCCACGCUGCCAGGUGCAGAACCAGUUGCGUGCAGCUAAGCGAGCGUACCACAAGCGUGCUGUGGCUCACAAGAAGCUCCCGCACGUGGUGGUGAACGCUGUGAACGACGAGGCCCAAGAGGCUGCCAACGCUCAGGCCGCGGCUGCCGCUACUCUGGAACUCGCAGGCAGCGUUACUGCCGCGAUGAAGGCUGCUGCCGCCGCCGGCGCGGUAGCACGGAAGGGAAGCGUCGGCUCCUCAACUGCUGCUUCAGGCAACGGCACUUCCAGCGCGAAGGCGAGGGCCGCACUUGCCGGCGUGACCAAUCUCUCGGCUGGAAUGCUGAAGCAGGUGCAGCGUCCUGCAGCGUCUUCGGUGUCGUCGCCUUCUGGAUCGUUGUGCUCGAUGUCCUCGGUGGCAACCACCGCUACUGUUGGAUCCACCAGCGGUUCGUCGUCAUCGGCGUCCUCCUGUGGCAGUAUUUCGCCGUCGCCGCCUUCGUCUGCUGCGUCUCUUCAGGCGCACAUCCGAGGCCCAUGUGGAAAGGCGUCAUCGUCAGCCAUGCCAUUCUCGUCGCCAUCGUCAGCCUCCGUGUCCCCGGGCUCGACCUCCAACCCGUCAUCGCCCGAGACAGCGUCACCUCAGCUGCAGCACGUCACUGUGUCAUCCGGUUAA